AUGGCGCUUCAGGAAGUCGCACAGAUGUCGCGCCGACUGGUGGCGGGCAAUUCAGAGCUCGAAGGUGGUCAAUUCCCUUGUAUGACGGUGCCUUCGACUCAGCAUGCACGGCUUGUAGCAAGAGAUUCUCCAGGAGGCCAGUCCAGGCUGCGGUGA